AGUGACAUUCUGUGGUGCUUUAUGUGGUGUGCUGGUCUAAUUCAUUUAGUCUACUUGACAGCUAACCUCUUUGGGAGGCCUCAGCGUCAAAAUCCAAAACCUGAUCAAGCCUGAUAAACAAAUUUCUUGUAUCAGCAGAGGGUGCAGCAUCAUUAACCAAGUGAGGGCCCUCCAGCUUGCUGCCAGACUCCGUGUGCUCUCUCACUGUGAGUCAGACUUCAAAGGCAGGAUGAAAUAACUGAACUGCAGGCAGAGGAACUUGUGAAAGUGACACAGCUGUACUGUAAAAAUGCCAGCCCACAGACUUUGCUGCCAGAAGAACUUAACUGCCAGCGCUGAUAGACCGGAGAGCAGGAUUGCCUGAGACAUGGAGCGAGAACCAAUGCGUAUAAGGGAGGGGUACUUGGUUAAGAAGCAGGGCAGCAUGUUUAAUACCUGGAAGCCAAUGUGGGUCGUGCUUUUAGAAGAUGGAAUUGAAUUCUACAAGCGGAAGGCUGACAACAGCCCCAAAGGGAUGGUCCCACUAAAGGGAAGCUCUAUUAACAGCCCAUGCCAAGAUUUUGGCAAAAGAAUGUUCGUCUUCAAGCUCACUGCAGCCAAGCAGCAGGACCACUUUUUUCAAGCUGCCUACCUGGAGGAGAGAGAUGCCUGGGUACGGGAUAUCAAGAAAGCAAUUCAUUGCAUAGAUGGAGGCCAGCGGUUUGCCAGAAAAUCCACAAGAAAAUCUAUCAGACUGCCUGAAACAAUCAACCUGAGUGCUUUGUACCUCUCCAUGAAAGAUCCUGAAAAGGGAAUAAAGGAGUUGAAGCUGGAAAAAGAUAAAAAAGUGUACAAUCACUGCUUUACCGGCACCACUGUGAUUGACUGGCUUGUGUCUAGUAACUCCAUCCGAAAUCGCAAAGAAGGGCUCAUGCUUGCCUCUUCCCUCUUGAGUGAAGGCUACCUACAGCCUGCAGGGGAUACGUCCAAGGCUGCUGCUGAGGGACUGUCGGACAUCCCCUUCUUAGAUCUCAGUGAUGCCUACUAUUACUUUCCAGACAGCGGGUUUUUCUGUGAGGGAAAUUCUAGUGAUGAUGACGUGGUCCUGAAGGAAGAAUUCAGAGGCAUAGUAGUCAAACAAGGAUGUUUGCUGAAACAGGGACAUCGGAGGAAGAACUGGAAAGUGAGAAAGUUUGUUUUAAGAGAGGACCCUGCAUAUCUUCACUACUAUGACCCAGCUGGAGGAGAAGAACCACUGGGAGCAAUUCACCUGAGAGGCUGCGUGGUGACAGCAGUGGAAGAUAUGCCUGACUCCAAGAAGUAUGAUGUUGACAACAUCCUCUUUGAAAUUAUCACAGCAAAUGAUAUUCACUAUUACUUGCAAGCAGCCUCAUCCGCAGAGCGUACAGAGUGGAUCAAAGCAAUUCAGGCAGUUUCUAGGACUGGAAAAUGAAGAUGAGCUGCCAAGAAGACAGACAACUGAAAUUAAUAACUCAAAACAGGAAUUAUAGCAUUUCACUGAAAGAAAGCAAUAUCAUCCAAAAAGGCAUCCUAAGGCUUGUGGGCUGGGGUGAGGGUGGGCAGUAAGUUUCAAUGUUGUAGUGGGCACUAACAAAGUAUCAUUUUUCCACUUGUGUUAUGGUAAUAUUUUACUAAAUUAUAGCAUAGAACAUGCCAUAGUAGCGUGUGCUGCUUAGAGUAAUCAGUCCACCUUGGGAAGGUGGUACCUUCUACCUUUUUGUGCUGCCACAGCUAGUAGUGAGAAUUUCACCACUAACAGGGGACAGAGUCAUGUCACUGACUGUGAGGAGCUGAAGUAGUCAGCAUCCAGCCUUUGUUGCAUUUCAUUAUCUUCAGAUAUUUCAAAGUCUUCCCAAGACAACUUUACACUUUCUUCUUUGCUAGAUCUUUUUACUGCUUGUUCACCUAUGCAAAAGAUGCCAUAGAUUUAGGGAAGGAAAUCAACUCGCUUGGAAACCUGAUCCACUCCUUUAUAAUCCAUCAGUAUUAAGGAAGGGAAGAAUGCAGACAACUAUAGAAACACUGUGUAGAAAGCAAGUACAACUCGAUGUGAUGACAGCUGUAUGAGGAAAAGUUUCUUUCCACAGUAUUUCAAAUAUGAAGCAAUCUUAGUUCAAGUUCUUCAUUUACCUGAUUUUGACCUUUGCUAAAUUUCUCCACAAAAAUAUGCUCUAGGACCAUUGUUUCCUUUAGAUCUCCAGAAGCAGUUAGUAGGGUGUCAGGUACUGCUGAUUUGACCUGUAUUUGAAUUAAGAAUCUUCCAGGAGAAAAGAAAGGAUCCAUGGGUUACCUACUUGAACUACUGAUUGAAGUGGGUUUGUUCAGGUUUUUCUUUUUAAACCUUCAGCAACAUACUAAGUCCUUGGUUCUGUGCCUUAGUAGUAUAAGAGAAACCUUAUGCUUGCUGUAACUGAAAUAAAUGUUAUUUGACAAGAUCAGUUUACCUGAUCAAUCCUUAUAUUGUUUUCUGACUGUAUAAAGCUUCUAAGUCUAAUUUUAUGCAGGAGUUGAAAUUAAAGUUGAUGUCAUAUUCUGCAUGUGGGCUGUUCCUGAUGCAGAUUGAUGUUUCUGAGUGCAAGUAAACUUUAAAACUUUUAAAAGUCUGUUCCUGGAUCUAAUAAGGUACCUUAUCCUUGAGAAUUCUUAUUCAGAUCUCUUCAUAAAUCUGGAUCUAAAGCUUCUCUUCAAUUCUGUUUAAUUAUACCUGUAUCUGAGCUAAUGAGCCUGAAGGUCUUUUGCCUUAGUAGUGCUUGUCACAAAGGAAACACAGCCUUGCAGGGGCAGCAGGCUGACAAGGCCACCGCAUGGUCAUGUCUAUUUAAGACAUCCAGGGGAAAUCAGCUUCUGGCAGGCACUUCCUAUAUCUCACACAAGCUGACAGAACUACUGAAGCCUGGUGUGUCAUUCUGAGGAAGGACAAAAAAUACACUGUUUGCUCAUCCUGCUUUCUUGAUAAUUGCUUUGUGGUUGCUGCAUAUUUUUGCUUUCUGAGCUCACUAACCCCAAAAUACCCUAUGGCACAGGAAAAUAGAAAAAACCUCACACAACCAAACAGAAACUUGCCCAACUUAGCAAAGGAGGGAUGCAACACCAAAUUUUUAAUAAAACUAAAAAGUUUUACCAGUC